CCAAAAGGAGUCUUCUAAGGGUUUCACCUUUGGUGAGGUUGGUUGCAUACGAAGCAGAAAUAGCAAAGUUACUUGCUGUCAUUUCUCUUCAGAUGGGAAGCUGCUAGCCAGUGCUGGACAUGACAAGAAGGUGGUCCUUUGGAAUAUGGAUACCCUGCAAACAGAGAGUACUCCUGAAGAACACAAACUAGUUAUUACAGAUGUUCGCUUCAGGCCAAAUUCAUCUCAGCUUGCAACAGCUUCAGUUGAUAAAUCUGUGCGAGUAUGGGAUGCUGCCAAUCCAAACUAUUGUGGGCCAGCAUAUACACACAGUUCACCAGUUAUGUCCCUAGACUUCCAUCCUAAAAGAACAGACAUAUUCUGUUUUUGUGACAAUGACAAUGAAAUCCGAUAUUGCAAUCUCAAUACAUUGUCAUGCAGUCGAAUCUCCAAGGGAGGUACUGCUCAAGUGAGAUUUCAACCAAGAACUGGACAGUUGCUGGCAGCUGUUUCAGAUAAAAUAGUGUCUAUCUUUGAUGUUGAAGCUGACAGACAAACAUACUCAUUUCAGGGGCAUUCUGAAAUGGUUAAUUAUAUUUGCUGGGAUGCAAAUGGAGAUAACUUGGCAUCUGUGAGCCACAACUUGGUAAAAAUAUGGUCAGUGUCUUCAGGGGAUUGCAUUCAAGAGUUUAGUUCUAAUGGGAACCAGUUCCAUUCUUGUGUUUUUCAUCCAAGUUAUGCAGCACUUUUGGUGAUUGGAGGAAUAUCGUCUUUGGAGCUGUGGAACAUGGCUGAGAAUAAAAAUAAAAAAAUUUAUUAGAAAGGCAAGUUAAGAAAUUUAAAAAUAUUUUCUCUUAUGAAUUCUACUUCCAACAAGAUAAAUUAUUAAAUUCCCCUUCUCCUAAUAUCCUCUUUUUUGGCCAACCUGCCUUCCUCGUUUCCUUUUUCCCCCGUUCCUGAAUUCAGAGGAUUUUUUCUUUGAAGCUUUGGUAAUGGCAGAUCAAAAAACUGCGGACUCAGUCCAACCCGAAGAAAUCUCUAAUUCAUUUCGUUGUUCCUUUUGUCUGGAUCUUCUUUACAAACCCAUUGUGCUGCCUUGUGGUCACAUUGCCUGUUUUUGGUGUGUGCAUAGAAGCAUGAAUUGGGCAGGCAUGUCUCAUUGCCAAAUUUGUAUGUAUCCAUUCAACCAUCUCUCAAACAUCUGCGAAAUGCUUCAUUUCUUGCUUUUGAAGAUCUACCCAGUUGCGUGCAAGAGAAAGGAAAAUCAAAUGAGAGAGGAGGAAAAGAAAAUGAACUCUCAGUCUCCACAAUUU